GGAGCCCAAACCAUGCGGGGCCCCGCCAGCCACCAGGAGCAGCCCCCAGCCCCAGCGCCCCAGCGCCCCAGCCCGGCCAGGUGAUGGAGUUGGAGCAGUCUAAUUCCCGCUCCCGAUCCCUUCUCCCGCUCCUGCUCCUGCUCCUGCUCUUUCUGUUGCCCCUGCCCCUGUCACUGCCCCUGUCGCUGACCCAGACUCUGCCCCAGGAGCCGUCGCGGGAACCCUCGGGCCCCAGUGGCUGCACUUCAGACCCUUGCACCCAUGGGGGCACGUGCCAGAACACUAGCAGUGGUGGUUUCCUGUGUGUCUGUCCCACGGAGCCCAUGGCCUAUGUGGGGACCGUCUGUGAGAAGCUCUAUGAUGCCUGCUCUGAGCAGGUCUGCCCCGAGAACCAGACAUGCCGUGCAGCUCCAGGGGCUUUGAAUCACACCUGCCACUGUCCUCUUGGCCUCGGGGGUCCCAACUGCAGCCAGGUAGACUGUGGGGAGAACGGCUGUUUUGGCAGCUGUACCACACAGCUGUGCCACCAUGGGGGUACCUGCCUCGCCACGGGGACCGGCUUUGCUUGCCUCUGUCAGCCAGGAUGGACUGGUCCUCUGUGUGAGGAAGACGUGGAUGAGUGCAUGUCAGGGCCCUGCCAGAAUGGGGCUCUCUGUGUGGAUGGGCUUGAUGGCUUCCUGUGCUACUGUGUGCCAGGCUUCCAGGGCCCACGCUGUGAGCUGGACAUCGAUGAGUGUGCAUCCAGGCCCUGCAAACACGAGGCAUCCUGUGUCAACCGUGUGGAUGGCUACCAGUGCCUGUGUUCCCCUGGCUACACAGGACUGAACUGUGAGACAGAAAUAGAUGAAUGUGAAUCAGACCCCUGCCAGAACGGGGGGUCCUGCCUGGAGGGUGUCGGCUCCUACCGAUGCCUUUGUUCCCCGGGCUACACUGGACAUAACUGCCAGGUGGACAUUGAUGAGUGUGAGAGCCAGCCCUGCGCCAAUGGAGGCAUAUGCCACAACUUCAUUGAUAGGUUCCAGUGUAACUGCAGUGGGACAGGCUUCGAGGGUACUUUCUGUGAGGUGGAAGUGCUGGAGUGUCUGUCCAACCCAUGUCUACACAAUGCCACCUGUCUGGAUGGUCUGAGCAACUACACUUGUGUCUGCCUGCCAGGUUACCAUGGGAAGCACUGUGAGAUGGAUGAAGAUGAGUGUGAGGGGGCCCCCUGCCACCAUGGGGGCCUUUGUCUCCAGCGCUCCAAUGAGUCACUCUAUGGAGGAGACCAACCUCUCUUUUCCGGGACCUUCAGCUACAGCUCAGCAGCUGGCUUCGUGUGCCAGUGUCUGCCUGGCUUCACAGGAGACAACUGCUCCGUGGAUGUGAACGAGUGUGAGUCCCAACCCUGCCUGAAUGGAGGGACCUGCGAAGAUCUUCCCAACAGUUUCCAGUGCCACUGCCUGGCAGGGUACACAGGUAUAUCGUGCAUGGUUAAUGUUGAUGAUUGUGCAUCUGAGCCCUGUUUCCGUGGUGCAUCCUGUGAGGAUGGUGUAAAUGACUAUGUGUGCCACUGCCCCCCAUCCUGGGGUGGGAAGGACUGCUCUGUUCAGCUCACCGGAUGUGAAGGUCACGCCUGCCAACAUGGGGCCCAGUGCAUCCCCAUCUACAAGGCGGGGGCCCAUAGUUAUACCUGUCACUGCCUGCCAGGUUUUCAUGGGCCCACGUGUACCCAAUCUACUACCUUUUCCCUGGCAUCUGGUGGCUCCUUGCUUGUAGCACUGCCUAUAGGUGAUGGGCCUGUGCAGCCAGCUGUGUCACUGAGGUUUCGAACUACGUUGCCUGAUGGACUUCUGUUCUCCCGAGGAGACACCAUGGAAAGCCUCACUCUGGAGCUGUCUCAGGGUGCCCUGCAGGCCAUACUGAGGAGCCAAGGCACUGAGCUCCCCUUGAGCCUCAAUACCCCAUCCUUGAGUGAUGGGCAUUGGCACCAGGCUGAAGUGGUCCUCCUCCACUCAGCCUUGGAGCUGAGGCUGUGGCAUGAGGCUUGUGGGAAUGGGCCCUGCCUGAAGAGCCAUCCCCUAAUAGAAGAAGUAGUCCUAGACUCUCCAGCCUUCCUGACUGUCCAUGUGGGUGGUGGGGCUGGGAUCACCCCGAGCUUUGUAGGCUGCCUAGAGGACGUGCGUGUGGAUGGGCUUAUGCUAGUGCCCCAGGAUCUCGCUGAUGGCCGGCCUGGGGUCCAGCUGGGCUGUGAGCAUACUGAUUGGUGUAGCUCAGGGCCUUGUGACCACGGCGGAUCCUGUGUGGACCUCUGGACAACAUUCCAUUGUGACUGCCCCAGGCCUUAUGAAGGCCCCACAUGUUCCCAGGAGCCACCGGCAUGGACCUUUAGCCUGGAGGGGUCCCACAGCAUGGCCUCCUUCCUGCUUAGAGAUGCACUAGGUCCUAACCUCACCAUAUCUUUUGUCCUGCGUACUCGUGAGGCUGCGGGUCUCCUGCUGCAGAUGACCAAUGGCUCACUGCCCACCUACACAGUGUUCUUGGCUGGAGGGGAGGUCCACGUGGAGACAGCUUACACUUCAGUAGUGACUCUUCCUGGACGUUUGGAUGAUGGGCACAGGCACCUGGUGAUGCUCAGCUUAGACCAGGGACAGCUUCGAGGGCUGCCUCUGGGCCCCAGCUAUGAGGUCCAUGUGGGUGGUCUGGCCACACCAGCCUGGGCUGAGCCCUGGGGUGGCAACUUUAGAGGUUGUCUGCAGGACAUUCGUCUUAACAGCCUCCGCCUAGACUUCCUCCCUCUCCUUCACCCAGGCAACUGGACCAGUUCUGGGGAAGUGUAUGAGGGGCAGGCCAGCAACCUUACUUUGGGGUGUGUCUCUGAAGAUACCUGCAGGCUUGAACCUUGUCACAAUGGAGGGACAUGUACUGUGACCUGGAAUGACUUCAUCUGCAGUUGUCCUCCCAAUUUUACGGGGCCUACGUGUGCUAAGCGCCUAUGGUGUCAGGACCAGCCCUGUCCCCCUUCUACCACUUGUGCCGAGGUCUCUGAUGGUUACGUCUGUUUGGCCAAUGCUACGUUCCAGGAUCAGCCGCCUGUCGUGUUCACCAGCUCCAAUGUGUCGGCCAAACGGGAGCUUGUGGCUCUCUCCUUGGCUUUCCGUACCCGGGACCCUGAGGCCACCCUGUUGCAGGCAGCUGGGGAGGGAGCCUCCCUGUGGGUGGCCAUCCGCAAUGGCUCCUUGUCCAUGUCGAUCCGGAGUGGGAACAGCAUUGAGGGAGCUGCCUUCAGAGGUGUGGUGCCUGUUUCCGACGGGGCCUGGCACUGGGUUACCCUCACCAUGGAGGAUCCAGCAGCUUCUGUCUCUCGCUGGUUACUGCAGCUGGAUGGGGCCAGGAACAUGACCCUUUGGGGUCAGGCAGGGAGCCUGGACUUCCUUCACAGCCAUGUGCAGGUUGUUUUGGCAGAAAACUUCACUGGCUGCCUAGGCCGUGUGACCAUCGGUGGCCUCGACCUGCCCUUCGUCCGCCUCACCACGCCUCUGCCCCAGCCAGAGCAGUUCCUUCUGUACACUGGAGAUGACAUAGAUCUGGGCUGUCGUGGUGGCCCUGUGUGUUCGGUGGAACGCUGUCUCCAUGGGGGCACCUGCCAGGACCUCUUCAAUGCCUUUAGCUGUGCCUGCAGCGCCGGCUGGGAGGGCCCACGGUGCGAGGUGGAUGUGGACGAGUGUGUUUCUGCUCCUUGUGUCCACGGCCACUGUGGGAACCUGCCGGGCAGCUACCAGUGCCACUGUGCCCCAGGCUACACAGGGAGGGACUGUGAGACCAACGUGGACGACUGCCUCCAGCACAAGUGCCUAAACAGUGCCACCUGCGUGGACGGGGUCCUGAGUUACUCCUGUCAGUGCCCUCCUGGGUUCAGUGGCCCCCGAUGCCAGUGGACCUUCCCACCAGAUGAAUGCGGCCACAAUUUCACUUGCCUGAAUGGAGGCCACUGUUCUGACGGGCCUUGGGGAGCCAACUGUACCUGCCCAAUGGGCUACACAGGCCUGAGGUGUCAAAUUCGAAUUCCUGAGUGUGAACCCAACCCUUGCCAGAAUGGUGGCACCUGCCAAGCAGCUGGGAGCGAGGUUGAAUGUAUCUGCAGUAGCAGUUUUGGAGGCCGGCACUGUGAUGUGGCUAAAGGGCCUCCAGUCACGCUGUUCUCGUUCCCAUUGAUUGAGGUGGUUGUGCCAGUGGCCUGUGGCUGCCUUCUGCUGCUCCUCAUCGGCCUCCUCUCAGGGGUCCUUGCAGCCCGGAAGAGGCGUCAGUCAGAGGGGACCUAUAGUCCCAGCCAACAGGAGGUGGCAGGAGCCCGGCUAGAAAUGGACAGUGUCCUCAAGGUGCCACCUGAGGAGCGGUUGAUAUGACACCUCGCCCCCACCCCCACCACACACACAUACAUCCACAUCCAGGCCAGGGAUAGGGCUGUGGCCCAUCAAAGCUUGCAUGAUGAGCCGGCCCAGGGCAGGGAGCUUGGGGCCUACUCAACUCAGAGAGCACACAUGGGGCUCACUAAAGCAAACUGUAAAGAAGCACGAAAACCCUAAUCCUUGGGGAUGGGGCUAUGUCACAAGAAGGGUCCUUCUUCCUCCCCUGGUGCCCCAUGGAGCUUAGGACCACUGGUUCAAUGCCCAGGGAAAACUGGGGCCAAUCACGUUAGCCCUUGGGCAGGCAGUGCCUGGGUUUAGGAAGCAGAAGGUCAAGGAUUGUGUUAUAGCAGCAAAAAACUCUGGAUGUGGAGUCAGACUUAUGGCCUGGGUUUAAAUCUUGGCUCUUGCGACUCUUUCCCUGUGUGACAUUUCCCUUCUCUUGGCCUCAGUCUUCCCUUUUGUAAACUGAGAGGGUUGGAUUUGAUUAUUUCUAAGGGUCCUUCCAGCUUUAUCCAAUGAACUCACUUGGCUUAUUUGGGUAUCUUCUCCCUUGAUGCUAGCAACAGGGCAGGAGAGCUUCCCAUGGCAACUUUUUCUUAAACCUGACACCCAAAGCACCAUAUAAAUGACUUGGGAUGGGGUAAAGAUUGGCAGCGAUGGCCCAGCAGGACCUUAGGACCAGGUAGAAACUGCCUGUCCAGGGUCCUCCCUCUGGCCUGCCUGAGGUUUUCUGAUGGUCACUGGCAGAGUAUACCAGGAUGUGAAGAAUCCCUCAGCCCCAUUUCCUCCUGCUCAGCCUCAGGAAAAAUUUUCAUCUUCUGGAUGCUUCCAUGGACUUUUCAAGGGAAUUCUAUAUGGUGUCUCCCAUGCUUGGAUCUUGUCCUCUUUCUGCUUAAUACCUGUGCAGGAUUCUGGAUGGGGCCAAGGGCAGGAAGCACGUAUGGAGGAGGCUUGUUGAGGACGGCAUUUCCCCUUCUGUGUGUUGGUCGCUACCUUCAGGUCACCCUUAGGGAAUGGGGAGCAACUCAGGGAACCAAACCUGAAUGAUAGGAAUAAUACAAGAGAGAUAGAAGCCACCCUCCCCUUGCCCCUUCCUUCCUUCUUGUACCUAUGUAUUCCUAUUUAAGGAAUUGUGCUUCAGCUGGGCUGAGGCUGUGUGUGUGUGUGUGUGUGUGUGUGUGUGUGUGUGUGUGUGUGUGUGUGAGAGAGAGAGAGAGAGACAGACAGACAGACAGACUGUGGGGGCAGAUUUCUGUGAGUAUACAUACAGUUAAUUCAUGCAUUCCUUUAUGUGGAUAUAGGCAUGUGUUCACAUUACACACAUGUAUAUGCAGGGGUGUGUCCAAGGCACAUUCGUUCAUGUACAUAUCUAUGUGUAUGUAUAUUUGGUUGUGAGAUAGGUCAAAUGGGGGGAGGGGAAAGAGGGAAGGCUGUAUGUCAUGAGCCUUUGGGUUUCCUUGAGUUACUUAGGGGCUUGGCUAGAGUUGAGCUGGGAACAGAUCCAUAGAAUGCAGGAUUUCCCAUUCCCAGAAUACUUUUUGUGCAGCAGCUGGGAAAUCAAGAUGAAGAAAUCUAAUCAAGCCUGUGAGCAUCUUCCCUCUUCCCAGGAAUUUCAGUGGCACUUCUCUCUCAGUAUAUAGGACAAGUCACACACACUGGAGCUAAAGACAUGAAUUGUACUACUGAACUUUCUUAACACUGGAGCCUGGAGCCCAGAAGUGCCUUUUAAAGACUUUAACAUGGCUGUUUGACUUCCUUGCUUUUGGUUGUAAUGUGUUAUUUUUAUGUGCUUAGUGGAGGUGGUGAUUUUCAUUUUGUAUGUUGUCCUUGCUCACAGCUAUGAUGGAAUCUUCCCCUGAGGUUAACAGAAUGCAGCUCAGCAACCAACAGACCAGUGGAGGCACCACAUUGUUUGAUGUCUCUGCAAUCAUCUGCUAGGGUGCAAUGGCUAGUAAGCCUCUACAUGGCAAGGGAAGAUGAUGAAUCAUCACUCCCAGCCAGGCAACCAGAAAAAGCCAGCAGAAACUCCUAGACUAAAACACUAUUCUUUUGCUUUUUUUUGGUUUUUUUUUGCGGGGCAAUGGGGGUUAAGUGACUUGCCCAGGGUCACACAGCUAGUAAGUGUUAAGUGUCUGAGGCCGGAUUUGAACUCAGGUACUCCUGAAUCCAGGGCCGGUGCUUUAUCCACUGCGCCACCUAGCCACCCCAAACACUAUUCUUUUGAAUAAUUUUUCCUGCUGCUGACUCCAGGUCCUUCUCCCUUGGCAUUAGAAAAUUCCUCAUAGCUCCUGUUAAAUCCCUGCUUGUCAGUCUGCAUACUCAAAACCCCGUUUUGGGCACUCUAUCCAAAAAAAUCCACAGGGGACUAUGUGGUAGAAAGGGCAACAAGGCUAUCCUUAGCUUCCAAAGUGUUCUCUGAUUGUCAUACAAGUAAACCUAGGGGCAAGAAUAAAUGAAUUAGGUUAAAUUAGCAAUGCUAUGCCGUCCCCUUUGUUCUAUAUAUCUGCCUUCAUAUUGUAUACCCACCAGCAAAAACAAACAAAAUCGAAACUCUUGUAAAGCAUUCUGGACAGCACAAAAAGGCUCUUCUCUCUACACUGGAAAAAGCACUGGCCUUGGUGUCAGGACAUUCCAGGUUCAUAUACUGCUUUUAUGACUAAGGCACACAUGACUCAGGGCAGCUAGGUGGUUUGAUGUAUAAAUGGUCGGGCCUGGGGUCAGGAAGACCUGAGUUUGAA